AUGGACCGCCGCCGCACCCCCGGCCUCUCGUCGCUCUCGUCGCGCGGCCUCCAGAACCACCACUACACCUCGCACGGCGCCACGCUGCGCACCCGCAAUGCCGACUCGCUCUCGACCCAGCUGGCCGUCUUCCAGUCGCUCCUCCACAACUUCGCCAUCACCCACUCCAAGGACAUCCGCGCAAACCCUGCCUUCCGCGCAGAGUUUGCCCGCAUGUGCUCUGCCCUCAACAUCGACUUCCUCGCCUCGUCGUACCACAAGGACAGCGCCAGCAGCAGCAGCAGCAGCACCACCGUUUCCACCGCCACCGCCUCAGCCAAAGACGGCAGCAUCUGGACCCAGCUCCUCGGCGGCAGCGUCAACGACUUCUACUUCAACCUCGGCGUGCAAAUCGUCGAGGAGUGCCGCGCCACGCGCGCCGAAAACGGCGGCCUCAUCAGCUUCUCCGACCUGCAGGCGAGACUGUCCAAGUCGCAGCGCAUCGGCGGCAGCAUGAGCGUCACCGACGACGAUGUCAAGCGCGCCGUCGAUGCCCUGGCGCCCCUCGGCUCGUGCUUCUCCAUCAUGAAGAUUGGCCAUCGCAGCUUGAUCCGCAGCGUCCCCAAGGAACUCAACACCGACCAGAGCACCGUCCUCGAGGCCAUCCAGCUGCUCGGCUACGUCACCCUGUCCAUGCUGCAGGUCAAUCUCAACUGGGAGCGCCCCCGCGCGCAUGCCGUCGUCGACGAUCUCAUGGCAGAUAGUUUGGUAUGGGUGGAUACACAGGCAGGCGAGAAUGAGUAUUGGAGUCCGGCGUUUUUGACA